AUGGACAGGGCUGGGUGGCAGCGGGCGCUGCUCCUCCUUGCCGUCUGCCUCGCCCGCUUCUUCCUCACUGCCGUGGAGAGCAGCCACUGGUGUGAGGGGACCCGGAGGGUGGCCAAGCCCCUGAGGCAGAACCAGCCACAUGGGCCCCACUACAUUCACUACACUGGCAGGAGGGACGACGAGAGCCAGGCUGUCCAGUACAUUUGGAAGGUGGGAGACGACAAGUUCGUCCAGUACAGGUUCCACGUGUGGCUCUGGCAGUCAUGCGUGGAGAGCUUGUUCUGCGCAGGUGAGAAGUGUAGCAGUUUCCAGAGUAUAAUACCAGUUUAAGAAAAAGGUGUUUUGGGGUUGUCUAUAGGGGCUGAGAUCCUGAAUAUCCUUCUGAUGUUGGCAAGUGCCAUCCUCCUGGGCUUCAGAGUGACUUAUCAUGACUCUGGGUUCAACUGGCUCAAGGUGGAUGCCUCUGUAGCCAUCCUCAUGGUGCUUGCAGGGCUCCUAGGCAUGGUGGACCACAUGACAUAUACAACGAUUGUUCAAAUCCUUGGACCAGAAGAUAGGAGGCCACAACCAUGGGACUAUGGCUGGUCAUACUGCCUCACCUGGGGUUCUUCAGCCCUCUGCAUGGCUGUAUCUGCCACGGCCACGAGCAGAUACACCUCAGCCCACCUGGAAUUCACAGAGAAGCAGAGGGUACAGAAGGGCAGUCCGCACCCUCAGCACUACUUCCCAGAACCUGAGGCUUCAGAGACUGUUCGGGAAAGAGGAGCUGCUUAGCCUGCUGGACAUGCCCUUGUGAAUGGAUCUGGGCCCCUGCCACCAGGUACCCCAGGCAGAGUGUCUGUGUGCUAG